ACGUGUGUGUCCCGGGGCAAAUACGUCACGAGUGUGAAAAUCCUCCAUGGAGAAGAAGUGGAUACUGGAAGAGAAGAAGGUUGGACAUAGAUUUACAUCCUUGUAGCGCAUAGUUGUGUUAGCUAGUUAGUUAGCAGAGCUACAGGUCAGUUAAUUAGUUAGUGGGUUAGGUGUUUAUAGUUACAGUCCGGGAACAGUGGGAACAACAGCAGCAGGUGCAUGUGGAUGGCGAUUAAAGCGAAGGAAAACUCUGCCCUCUUCACAACAGCCUGAACAUCGGCGGAAACAUCAAAUAUUUGUGGCAUCUUUGCCAAAACUCUUUCUUGGUUCGAGUAAAAAUGCGUCUAAACAUGGUGAGAAAGUAGCGCGGCUUUUCUGGAGGAGAUGGAGAAGAGGAACAAGGUGACCAGCAGGGGGCGCUCCAUCGGCGGAAGAGCCAGCGACAGAGUGGACAGAGUGGAUCCAUAUGGUUUUGAGCGCUCAAAAGACUUUGAUUAUGAGUCAUAUGAGGCGCUGAUGUCCGAGUAUCUAGUUAUACUCACCAGGCGCUCCAUCAAGUGGUCCAAACUACUGAAGGGCCAGAGAAAGGUGCAGAAGAAUGUAAAAUUAAAGCGUUAUGUGCGUAAAGGGAUUCCCAAUGAACACCGAUCUCUUAUCUGGAUGGCAUCCAGUGGAGCUCAAGAACAGUUAGAGAGGAACCCAGGAUACUACCAGUCCCUGCUCACAGCCCAGCACGACCCCAAACUGGUGGAGACCAUCCGCACAGACUUGAACAGAACUUUUCCAGACAACAUCCACUUCCACAGGACAUCCAACCCAUGUCUGCAGAAAGCUCUGUACAAUGUACUAUUAGCUUCUGGUUACCACAAUCCCACUGUGGGCUACUGCCAGGGAAUGAACUUCAUAGCUGGGUAUCUACUUAUCAUCACUAAAGAUGAAGAGAAAUCCUUCUGGCUGAUGGAUGCACUCCUUAGCAGAAUCUUACCAGACUACUACAGUCCGGCCAUGCUGGGACUGAAGACGGACCAGGAAGUGUUAGGGGAGCUGGUGAAAAUGAAAGUCCCCAGAGUGUGGCAGACCAUGGUGGAUCAUAACGUCAUGUGGACUCUUGUAGUCUCUCGAUGGUUCAUCUGCCUCUACAUAGAUGUCUUACCAGUGGAGACAGUUCUGCGAAUAUGGGACUGCCUGUUCUACGAGGGCUCAAAAAUCCUGUUCCGUGUGGCGCUGACACUGAUCCACCACAACCAGGCUCUGAUUCAACAGGCCCAGUCUCUGCCAGAUAUCUGCCAGAUCUUUAAGCAGAUCACACGUGAUACAUUUGUUGAUGAAUGCCACACUUUCAUGCAGAAAAUUUUCAAGGAACCAGGAAGUCUCUCCAUGGCAACCUUGACGAAGCUGCGGGCGACAUGUCGAUCUCGCAUCAUUGCAGAAAAGUCAUGACAUUUAAAAGACUUUCCUGUAGUUCAACACACAUUCCACUGGGAGAAGAACCCAGCAGCCUGUUUGCACCUUUUAAAUAGAACUAUUGUCACAAUUACUAUCAAUUUUUAUCAUUUACUCUUUCCAUACAAUCUCAAUGCACUGGAUAUAUGAUCAUAUGUUAAUGUUCUUCGUAAUUUGCUGUAUGAGCUGAUAAUUCCAUUUCAAAUGAGUCUGUGCUAUAGUUUAAAAAUAUUUUCUUUAGUGAAGAUGUGGAAUGAUGCACUUUACUCUGAAGGGUUAGAGACGGUUAAGAAAAUAUUGUUGAUUAUGAUCAGAUUGACAUAACACAACCAGAAGAAAUUGUCCACUGUAUUUCAGUUAGUAAUAGGCUUCGCUCUUUUUUCCAACAAUGAGUUUAUGAGCUUUAAUUUAAAGAAAAAAAAAUCAUAUGAAACAAUAUAGUGAGCUAAACCUUCCUAGUGUGAUACAUCAAUUCAGAUGUUACCGAAUUGGAUGGGCAGCAAAUGCUGUGGUGGUAGUCUUAAGACAAAAAUUUAUAACCCAAAUGUGCAGUGCUGAAUAAAGCCAGUGGGUGGCAAUAGAGGUUUAUUGAUAAGAUGGAGCCCAUGAAGCGAGUCUACUGCCCUUGCUGUUUAAGGUUAAUAAAGUCAAUUCUGUGUA